AAACGAUGAAAAGACUAAACAUGCAACUGAUGAAGAAGUACGUACUGUACUAGCGAUGGUAAAUCUUACACAUCUAGAACAGUUAUUAUUUAGCUUCGAUGCACAAUAUGGAAUAGAUUGGGAUAAGAUGCUAAGUCCGGGUGAACAACAAAAAUUACUGUUUGCUAGAUUAUUUUUCUGGAGACCUGCGUUUGCUGCGUUGGACGAAUCAACAAGCUCAUUAGAUUCAUAUAUAGAAUCGCAAAUUUUUGAAACAUGUAAAGAUCUGGGGAUCACUACCAUAACGGUAUCACAUAAUAAGAAUUUAUUAAAAUAUCACGAUAAAGUGUUAUUAUUGGAUGGAAAAGGCGGUUAUUCUACUAGUGAUAUAGAUAUCAAUGGAUGUGAAGAUGUGUGGAGGUGGAUUGAUGAAAAUUUGAGACUUUAA